AUGGCCGCCGCUGUUGCUUCCCAACACGCUGGAAUCUGGCACCAACGACGAACAAACCAAGCCGUCCAUGUCCCCAACAUGAGCAUGAGCAUGCUUCCUUCUUACGACACUUCUGUGCGGACAGUAUCAAACCCCCCAGUCUCGAGAGCUUUCCAGCCAACACACCUUGACCUGGCCAUGCCAAUGUUCCAAAGCCACCCUACGACUUCAGUCCCGUACCAAUCUGGAGCUUAUGCGUUUGAUCCCCUCGCAGUGAACCCAUACAACAUGCAACAAGCCUUCAACAUGAAUUACCCUCCGACAAUGGCCCACCCCGUGGCAUACUCGGGCCCCAACGAGCUUCCAAAUAGCCUACCAACCACGAGAGACGUCCGCAACAACUACCCCAUGAUGGAGAGCACCCCACCAGUCAAGACCGAAGCAGCCUCUCCCAUCCAGUUAAGCCAGGUCUACAACGAUGCCAAUUACGCCGACGUCUGCAAGGACACCAGCUCCGAGUCUGACAGCGCUAUCAACUUUGCAACCGAUGUGGAUACGCUGAUGAAGGCCAUCCAGGCCAAGUCAAACCAGGCAAAACGACAGCAGCAGCCCAGUAAGUCCAGCGGUGACAGCGAGAAGACCAAGUCCAGUCAGAAGUCGAAGAAGAGAUACCAAUGCAGCAUGCCUGACUGCCACAAGAGCUUCUAUCAGAAGACUCACCUUGAAAUCCACACUCGUGCUCACACUGGAAUUAAACCAUUCCUGUGCAAGGAACCAUCAUGUGGACAACGGUUCUCCCAGCUUGGAAACCUCAAGACCCACGAGCGAAGACACACCGGGGAGCGACCGUACCAGUGCGACAUCUGUGGUAAGACAUUCGCACAACGUGGCAAUGUUCGAGCACACAAGAUUGUGCACCAACAGAUCAAGCCAUUCACGUGCAGACUGGACGAUUGCGGCAAGCAAUUUACUCAACUUGGUAACCUCAAGUCACACCAAAACAAGUUCCAUAUAUCGACUCUGCGUUAUUUGACCUCGAAAUUUGCAUCCAUCAGAGAGGGUGACCCCGUGACAGCCCAAGACAAGGACCUCUGGGAGUACUUUGCUGCCCUGUAUAAGAACUCCAACAAAGGCAUCAAAGGACGCGGCAAAGACAGGAGAAUAUCGGCUGCCCCGUCUUCUGCUGUUUCCUCAUCUUCCUCCUAUUCGUCCCUAGCCACAGCAUCGUCCUCAGCGUCGCACCGAAUUCACCACAGCUAUACCCACCCACACCCAGGAAGCGACCGGAGCAGCCGCUCUUCAUCAUUAUCCUCGGAGGCCGAGCAAGACCACAAAUCCAGCCACGACGGCUACGACUUCAGCGGCCCAGUCGAUACUGGCCAUUACAACAGCCAAGCUACCGGAUACGGUGACAUGGUCUUUCCCGAACGAAAGAUGUACUGA